GCCAGUGUACGCCUCAAAAAAGGGGCGUCAGCGUCUGAGCCAGGGCGGCGCGGUAGAAGAGCGGCGGCGCCUGUCACCUGUCAGCGGCCCUGGGUCUCCAGUUCCCGGGCGGCACCGGUGGCAGCGGCAGCGGCGCAGCCACCACGCGGGCCGGGCGCUCUGUCCUCUGACCGCGGCGCACGUCGUCUCCUCGCCUGGGCGUGGGAGGCGGUCGUCCCACCGCUGGCUGCCUUGGCAGGCCACGGGGAGGCGGAGGAUUGUCUUGCCCGGUGGCCUCAGCCGGGUCGGCCCAGCGCGCCCGAGACUCGCUUGGCCGGUGGGGCCGGGAGCCGCGAGACCCGCACCGCCCGAAAGGAUCCAGGACUCAGCCCUCCGCGGGACGGUGAAGAAGCUGAGACAAGAGGAACAGCCUUUCCUCCUCAGGCCACCAAGCAGGCCACCGGAGGCAAGAGAAGCCCUGGGGAGAUGAAGUUCAGCUGCCUCUCCUUCCGGCAGCCCUAUGCAGGUUUUGUCUUAAAUGGGGUCAAGACCCUGGAGACGCGUUGGCGUCCCCUGCUGAGCAGCCACCGCAACUGUACCAUCGCCAUCCACAUUGCUCACAGGGACUGGGAAGAUGCCGCCUGGAGGGAGCUGCUGGUGGAGAGGCUGGGGCGGACCCCCGCUCAGAUUCAGGCCUUGCUCUGGGAAGGGGAAAAGUAUGGCCGUGGAGUAAUUGCUGGGCUCGUUGACGUUGGGGAAACUUUGCAGUGCCCAGAGGACUUAGCUCCUGAUGAGGUUGUGGAACUGGAAAGUCAAGCUGUACUGACCAACCUGAAGCAGAAGUUCCUGACUGUGCUUUCAAACCCCAGGUGGUUACUGGAGCCCAUACCCAGGAAAGGCGGAAGGGAUAUCUUCCAGGUAGACAUCCCAGAGCACCUGAUCCCCUUGGGGCAGGAGGCCUGAUGAACGUGGGCUCCUCAGAGGAAGGUACUGAGAAACCAGCUAAGUCGUAACCCAUCAACUUGCCAUCAUACUGCGGACGUGGAAAUCAGGUUCGAUGUCGAUUGGCACCGCAGUGGAGGGCGCUACCCACCAUGUGCUGUGCGUGUAAACAGAUUUCUCCACUGGGAUGCAGGGACGAGGAAGCGGGACUUUGCUUGCAAGAUGCCUCUCUAGGCUCAGGAACAGUCUCAAGGACUUUGACCUUCAGGAAAAAGGGAAGGGAAAGCUGCCAGUAAAUGUCUUGGCCUUGCCACUAAUUUUGGUCCAGCUGAUUUCUGGAUUCUACGAAGAAAUAUCUUUUAAGAGAAGUCGUUAGUGUUCUCCCCUCUCUUUGUUCUGGUCGAACUCAGAAUGUUUGAAAAACAUCCAGGGGACGUUGUGUGAAGGCUGGGAGUGGGUGCUGAAAGAUCGCUCGAGAGUGACCAGCCCUGGAUGGCCUCAUUCCUGGUGAAGGGGACAUCAGACUUGGACCCAGAGCAGCUGUGUGUCCUUGCAAAUGACUGUUGCUCUGUUGUCAAGUGUCCCGUGGCUCACGGAGCAUGCGUGUUUGACAUGUCGCACAGCUACUUCAUGUCCUUCCUGUCUAAAUACAGCUCUCUUGGAUGAGUGAUAGGUAGUGUUGUUUAUUUUGUGGGAAAUCUUUUUUUCUUUCUUUCUUUUGGCCGUUUCUUAGCAAGGUUUCUAGUGGUUGUUACCUGUGAGGAUGACGGGCUUUCCCCCAGGCAUUGACUGGAAUGACCUGCCUCUUCUGAG